UCUUUGUGUGUUGUGUGCAAUUCGCCGCACUUGACUCUGGCUCAGUAGGUCGCAGUGUGUGACUUCGUGAUACUGCCUCCCGCACCACCAAACCUUAUCAAACAACAAAAAAAAAAAACAUCGUCGAUCAUCAGCAAGGACCGAUCUGAGGACAAGGACGCUGUCCACGUCUUACAAUAGCAGCUCAGCGGACAGGUAUGGGGGCUGUUCCCAGCAGGUGUGAUGGUGUCACUGGGGGAAUGGGGUCUCAGUGCAGUGGGAGCAACCAGGACAGGGACAACCAGCCUAUACUUAAGAAGGAUGACAGCAGGAGACACAGCUCUGGAGAGACGGUGCACUGUCCCACAUGCCAGGGUACUGGACGUAUACCUAGAGGUCAGGAGAGCAAGCUGGUGGCUGUCAUCCCCUGUAAUGACCAGAGGCUGAGACCCAGACACACGAAGCUGUACGUUGCUGUGUCUGUUGGUGUGUGCCUCCUGGUCAGCGCCUUGGUUUUGUUCUUCCUGUUUCCUCGCUCUGUCCUCCUGUCUCCAGUAGCUGUCAAGUCAUCCUUUGUUUACUUCACUGAAGACGACGUCCAAAUUAACAUCACGAAUGUCCUAAACAUCACCAACAACAACUUUGCCGUGGUGCAGGCCUACAAUCUGACAGUGCAGGCCCUGAACUUCGACAUGGUGGUGGGAACAGUUUCUAUUAAGAACGUCACCUCUGUCCAACCUCUGUCUGUGAUAAUGUAUUCCUUUUUGAUCCCCAUCAAACUGACAGACCCUGAUCUGAGUAACUACUGCAGGAAAGCUUCUCUGCCUGUCCACAUUCUGUAUCUGCAUCUACAGAUGUCUAUGACAGUGUACUACCUGGCCCACUAUGAGCAGCUCUCCCUGGAGACAUAUGAGUACAUCGACUGUGGAGCAAACAGCACCAUACCACACAGUAUGCAGCCCCCACCCACCUGAUGGAUGGACUGCGGAUGGAAGGACACACAGACGAACUGAUGAACAGAAACUGUGGACAUGUGGACUUUUUGUGAGGUGCAAUUUUUUUUUCUCCCAUGAACUGUGUCAUUGAAAUGUUGGAUAUUUAUAAUGUGAUGUCGGGAUGCCUUAACACUCAUUCUAGAUGGAUGGAUGAUGAGAAGCCCAGCUGAGAAGGCAAGAUGAAUCUGAGUGACUAAAUAAAGAAUGGACUUUUUAUACCUCAUCUUAGUAUGAAGGAAAGAAGGAUGGGAACAAGUGCACUAAUUUCACUGUCUUCACUGAUGGUUUAACCGUUCUACAGAUCGAAUUGUACCAUGGAGGAAACCCAGAAAAAGACACUGAGUGGAUGUUGAUAAGAGGCCAACGGCAGCACUAAAGCAGUGAGCAUACUGUUACAGUAUGAAAACUGGAGCAGAAAUGCCACCUGAGGACUUGAAUAUAUUUUGAUCUCAGUUCAGAGCUGUUGUUAUUGAAAGUAAUCACACAUGUGAAAAUGGUGUGAUAGUUUGUGUUGCUUCAAAUAUGAUCUCUGUCUGAAAAUCACUAUUCAGUAACUUUCAGUGCAUCUAAUAUUACUCAACUACUGUUUGUUUUUGUAAUUUGUUAUGCCUCUGCACUGGUGACAGCUGUGGCCGAGGGCAUUAUGUUCUCGAGACAUCUGGCCAUACAUCCAUACUUAUGUCCGUCCUCUUCUCAUGAAUGUGAUAUUUCAAAACAUCAUCAGGGAGUUUCUUCAAAUUUGGCACAAAUGUCCACUUGGAUUCAACAAUGAACUGAUUAGAUUUGUAGGGUCAAAGGUCACUCUGACCUUGAGUUGGUCCCAUUCUCAUGAAUGAGAUAUCUCAAGUACGCCUUGAGGGAAUUUCCUGAAAGUUGUCACAAACAUCCACUUAGAUUUAAGGAUCAACUGAUUAGAUUUUGGGGGUCAAAAGGUCAAGGUUACUGUGACCUCACAAAAGAGGUUUUUGUCCAUAACUCCAGAAUUCAUAUACUAGUAAUGACAAAAUUUCACACAAAUGUCUGAGGAGAAAGGAUAAAGUGAUGACAUUUUAUAUUUAAAAGGUUAAAGGUCAAUUUCACUGUGACAUCAUGAUAUUCUGUAAAAACACUUUUCUGGCCAUUAUUCAUUGCCAUAUAUCAGGAACAGAAGGGGAGACGUGGUCAGAUACAGGGGGGUGUUAAACAUCCGUGUUUUAGAAUUUGUAGCUUCUUUGCAACAACAUCUGUAUUAUACUUUACAUAUAAGCAUUGUAAACUGUCAUGGGCUUGGACAGACAUGGAUGUAAACUGUAACUAGUUUUGUCAGGCUGGUGCAGCCGUGUUGAAAAUACAAACAAAUGAACUCAUGGGAUAAGUUGUUUUAUUCUGCCUUCACCUAGAAGCAGUAGGUAGCAUUAUUUUUAUUAUUUAUUUGACAUCUUAAAAGGUCAAACAUGCAUUACACCAAACACACAUUAAAUUAAAAUGCCUUGAAUAACACAAUAAAGUUAAAUGA